CUUCCGUAGCCCAGACGCUGUUCUCGUUCUUGAAGAAAAGACUCCAACUUUAAUUGACAGUCUCGGAGACAGGCUCCAUCAAACCCUGUGAGCCAGCCCGGGAACACAGCGACAGCGAAGUGACGACUUACUCUUUAAACUUUGUUCACGUAUUAAAAAAAGCUGGUUAGUUUCCAGGUCGAGGUACUACAGACGACGUCGCUAUGGCCAAGGUACAAGUGUUAAACGUCGCUGUGCUGGACAACCCGAGCCCAUUUGGAAAUCCUUUUCAGUUUGAAAUCACGUUUGAAUGCAUGGAGGAUUUACCAGAAGAUCUGGAGUGGAAGAUCAUCUACGUGGGUUCAGCUGAGAGCGAGGAAUACGACCAGGUCCUGGACUCUGUGUUAGUUGGCCCGGUACCGGCUGGCAGACACAUGUUUGUGUUUCAGGCUGAUGCUCCCAACACAGGGCUGAUUCCAGAGAGUGAUGCUGUAGGAGUGACUGUUGUCCUUAUAACCUGCACCUACCGUGGACAGGAGUUCAUUCGUAUCGGUUACUACGUCAACAAUGAAUACACAGACCCUGAACUACGGGAAAACCCACCUCUCAAACCAGACUACACUCAGCUCCUGAGGAAUAUUCUGGCCUCUAACCCCCGUGUCACCCGCUUCCAUAUCAACUGGGAAGGCUCGGCAGACAAGAUGGAGGACAGCGAGAACGUCGACCCGUCCCCCAACAUCAGCAGCAUGCUCCCCCCGUCCUGUAUACCAGGAAAGAUGCCGCCUCUCGGGCUGAUGCCGGACAACUCCAUGGACUGCAUGUAAGAGUCAUCAGAUUGAGAUAAUGGACAAGAAAUUCCUCUUAUUUGUACACUUACUCACACCGCAAACACACAUUUGGACAAGGAGGCCACGGACGUAUCUACGUAAGAUGGACAUUAACAGGAAGCAGGGGUAUUACAACGUUAUUUUUAUACAGCAUACACAAAUGGGAUGGAUCUGGAAUUGUUAGCAACUGUUUUUGUCUCCUGUGCACUCUCUUCCAACACACAGAGGCCUGCACAACCGACACUGCCUUAUUUAACUGUACCUCUGUCUCAGUUUGAGUCAUCAGGGUGGGGCAGUCUUAAGACCACCGUAUCUUUACAGCCCUAAGGCUCACAAGUCAUACUCACACACCCAUGGUGACCUGUUUGGUGCCCAUACUGUUCAUUAUGUUCUCUGAGCACAGAUCAAAGCUAUGGGCAGUGCUCUUGGUGUCAAAGUAUUUCAUUGUUCUGAAGGUUUGUCUCAUCUGAUGUAAAUUUGUAGCAUCCUGAUACCUAUGGGGAAAAAAAAUUGGGUUUGAAAUAUGGGCCAUGUUAGGGGCCUGUUGCAAGAAGCAGCUUUGUUUACUGUUAGUGGGUAACUCAUGCAGAGUACAGUCUUGUGUUUGCAAGUUGUGAUAACUCGGUAAACCUGCUUCUUCAAACAGGCCCCAGCUCAGAUGACGUUCUUUAAAAUGUUGCAUAAAACGUCUUAUUAUGCACAACCUGUAGGUGAAGGAGUCACAAGAGAGAUGGAUGCGGUAUUGCAGUCAAGUUCGGAUGGUUUAGGCUUACUGUAAAUAAUGUUUUCUAAGCGCUUAUUUUGUCUUCAUGAUGUGAUCUCUUUCUUUUUGUACUUACUAUAUAUUCUCUGCCUUUCUAUUUGUAACAACCAUGAUGGGGUUAAUAAAGUUUGUUUUGUGGACCUUG